GGACCAGUACACCUCAUUGUUGCAGUUGGGGUUGAUAAGGGUGAAAAAUGGGUGACGCUGCCAUGAAAGAGUUUGGGGCAGCAGCCCCGUACCUGAGGAAGUCAGACAAGGAGCGUCUAGAGGCCCAGACUCGUCCAUUCGACAUGAAAAGGGAAUGUUUUGUUCCUGAUCCGGAUGAGGAGUAUGUGAAGGCUUCAAUCAUCAGCCGUGAGGGGGAUAAAGUCACUGCUCAGACGGAGAAAGGGAAGACCGUCACUGUGAAGGAGUGUGAUGUACACCCUCAGAACCCACCC